AGUUGAAUGGCUCGUUGAAAGCUUGUUGUCUUCGCCUCCGCAGCUCAUUGGCUGAUCCUGCGGCUCUGGCGGAGGGCCGCGCCGGAAGCAGCAGCUGCGCCGCCGCGGAUGGAGUGUCGAUCCGCCGCCGUGUCGUCCCUCAGCUGGGCGCUGGUGGUCGGCGGGGCGGCCUUCCUGCUGCGGCAGACGCGCCGCUGCGGACAGUACGGCCGCUACGCGCAGCCGGGCGGCCGCUGCUGGCCCGCCGGCCCGGCCUGGUUCCUGCAGGAGGUUCCGGCCUUCCUGGUUCCGCUGCUGCUGCUGCUGCUGGGUUCUGCAGAACCGGGCUCUGGCACCGGGAGGUCGCUGCUCGUCUGGAUCUUCAUGCUGCACUACUUCUACAGGAGCUGCAUCUACUCCCUGCUGACCCGCGGACAGCCGGUUCCUCUGAAGAUCAUCUGCUCCUCCGUCGUCUUCUGCUCUCUGAACGGCUUCCUGCAGGGACACCACCUGCUGCACUGCGCUCACCUGCAGCACACCUGGCUGACCGGCGCUCGCCUCUCUGCAGGUGUUCUGGUGUUUGCUGUCGGUCUGACCAUCAACAUCCACAGUGACCAUAUCCUGCGUAACCUGAGGAAACCUGGGGAGUACGUCUACAGGAUCCCCCGCGGGGGGAUGUUUGAGUUAGUUUCUGGUGCCAACUUCUUUGGGGAGAUCACCGAGUGGUGCGGCUUCGCCCUCGCUGCUUGGUCCUUUCCAGCCUUCGCCUUUGCCUUCUUCACCAUCUGCUCCAUCGGGCCCAGAGCCUACCAUCACCACAGGGACUAUAAGCGGAGGUUUGAGGACUACCCCCGCUCCAGGAAAGCCAUCAUUCCCUUCAUUCUGUAGGGAUGGAGGCCCGACCCGUGAGAACUGGUACCUUCUGCAUGGAGGCUUUUGCAGUUCCUCCUCCUCAGAGAACCGGUACAUGCUCCAUAAAUCCAACCCAGAACCGUCCUGGUGCUCCUCCGUCACUGUGAGGUUCGGAUCCUUCACAGAACUGGACCGGUACAGGCUGACGUUCCCUCCAUCCAGGACUGGGUAUAGGUCAAGGGUCAGGACCCGCACAUCCUGGACUCAAACUAUCCAGGCUUUUACCAUCAGGUGGCGCCACAGAGUCAUCUGCUGCUCUGCAGUGAAACUAAAUAAGCAGAUUUGAAAUGUUACAACCUGAUAUUUUCUUUAAAAAUGGCUCUAUAUUCACAUAUAUGUACUUUUUAUUUUCUUAUUUCCUCUAAACUUUAUGUAUUUGUCUUCAUGUCGGUACUCCAUCAGAAUAAACAUUAAAGCUGAUUCAGACUGUGA